ACUGCCAUUCACUACUCACCCUCCGUUUUAUUAUUAGCUCACUUGGAUCUGGCAGUAGCAGCAGCAGGGACUUUUUUUUAUUGCGCACAUAUCGGGAUCUCAGGUAAAGGUGUGGGGAUAAUCCGGCUGGUUUCGGCUCGAUGGACGCUACCGUAGUAGGUCAGGUAGGACUCAAUUGAUGGCCCUUUAAUUUAAGAUCACACCGUCGUAACGCCGCGCUUUCGAGCACUUGCUUCAUUUUUUUCCCUCCGCGCACCAAUGUUCAAGACGGCCAGUUACCCCACCGUGGAUCCCGCUCCCACCAUCAUGCACGGCACCUGGUUCUCCACGGGCUGCCGAGAAAACACGGCCGUGGCGGUGGAGAAACCUAAGAAAAAGGCGUUCAGCCUGGUCAAAAUCAUGUCUCUGAGCAACAAGAAAGGGCACGGCCAGCAUCCGCACCACAACAACAACAUGCCCUUUACGAUCCACUGUCACAUCGGGAAAGAGAUCAAGCACAUUUGCAGCAAUUGCAGCCGCGGGAACGAGACACAAGACGCUGAGGAAGUAGAGAGGCUGGCAGCCAUGCGUUCUGAGUCUUUGGUCUCUGGUACCCACACUCCACCCAUCCGCCGUCGGAGCAAGUUCGCCACCCUGGGGCGCCUUCUCAAGCCGUGGAAAUGGAGGAAGAAGAAGAGUGAGAAGUUCAAGCAGACCUCUGCAGCUUUGGAGAGGAAGAUGUCAAUGCGACAGAGCCGAGACGAGCUGAUCAAGAGAGGAGUGCUGAAAGAGAUCUUUGAAAAAGCAACCGUGGAGUUUCGAUCCUCGAUGGAUGGUGGAGUCUGCACUCAGGAGCCCCCCAUUAAGUCCUCGAUGGUUCUGCCCACCAAGAAAACCAUCACGUACCCAGGUGACCAUCAGGAUACCCCGGCCAAGCCUCCUCUGUACCACAAACAGCCUCCUGCUCUCCCUCCAAAGCCUUUCUCUAGGAUCCCAAACCAUAGCACAGAUUCUUGCCAGCCAAUGAAGUUGCCCUGCAUGCCUGGGGGAAAGCACUCUCCACCUCUGCCCCCCAAGAAAGUGAUGAUUUGUGUGCCUCCAGGGGGGCUGGACUCCUCCUCUCCUUCUCCAUCUCCAAACCCUCUCAGCUCUCUGUCCCAAAAGUGCGUCCCUCCUCAGAGCAUGUCCCUCCACCACGGCAACUUGCUUCCCUCACAGCUCGCUGGCUUAUCCAGUCUGCACCAGAGCCACGGUCACCCUCUCCAGCUACAGUACGGCAGCUUGCACGCGCCCAGCCGCAUCAUUGAGGAGCUGAAUAAGACCCUGGCGCUCUCUAUGCAGCGGUUUGAAAGCUCUGCAUUGCAUGGCGGUGGUCAGUGUCUUCCCCUGGACAGAAAAGAAGUGCCGUCUGUGAUCAUUGACUAUGAGGACGACAAGGAGAACAUGCCCAAUGAGUCUGACUAUGAAGACCUGCCUAGCAUGUACAAAGAUGAGGAAGAUGACGUGGACGAUGAUGAGGACGACGAUGAAGAUGAUGACUCCAUAUUCACAAGUACCCUGGCACAGAAGGUGCUAAGGAAAGACUCUUUGGCCAUCAAACUGAGCAACCGUCCAUCCAAACGAGAGCUUGAGGAGAAAAACAUCCUACCCAUGCAGACCGAUGAGGAGAGGCUGGAAUCCAGGCAGCAAAUAGGCACCAAACUCACAAGGCGCUUGAGUCAGAGACCCACAGCGGAGGAGCUGGAGCAGAGGAAUAUCCUCAAGCCUCGCAAUGAACAGGAAGAAAUGGAGGAGAAGAGGGAGAUAAAACGGAGGCUAACACGAAAGCUGAGCCAGAGGCCCACUGUGGAGGAGCUGAGACAGGCCAAAAUCCUCAUCCGGUUCAGUGACUAUGUAGAAGUAUCAGAUGCCCAGGACUACGACAGGCGGGCAGAUAAGCCCUGGACCCGACUCACAGCUGCUGACAAGGCAGCCAUACGGAAGGAACUCAACGAUUUCAAGAGCAAUGAGAUGGAAGUGCACGAGUCUAGUCGCCAUUUAACCAGGUUUCACAGACCAUAGUAGACCAUCACUGUCUCGAGCGGUGCCCGACCGGUCCCACUGCUCCUCCACUGAGAACCUUAAGUGCUGGACAGUUAAAUGGUGCCCGUUUCUACAAUAAGGCCAUGUCUUCUGAAAUGCCUUUUUCCAAGACCCAAAACAACUGAGUCGGUACUACGCUCUCAAGAUGCAGACACCCACUACUCCAUCCACUGUAGUAGCACAUACUGACUCCAGUUGAUCCACAUCGCCCCUCUUUUGGAAUUAGCUCGACUGUCACUUCAACCUCUCUUCUGAGCUCUCAGGAAGGCGCUCAGUUCUGUGGCAACGGACAGCCCGAGGUUUUUCUUUCUUCGCAAUUGAUUGACACUUUGAACAUCUACUGAGGAAAGCUGCAUCUUGGCUCAUCAAUAACACCAGUGGACAUGUCUCAGUGGACACAUUUCUACCCCCUCUUCCUUAUAAUGCUGUCACUCUGGACUCCUCUCACCCUAAUCUGCACGUGGAUGCAGUGUUGACUGUUCUUAGCUCACUGAUAUAAGCAGAGGAUCCAUCUUUACUGCACCUGCUGGGACUUAGCAGCUUCAAACAGGGGUCUAACAUUAGAAUCAUGUGCAAUAUUUUCUUUCCUCUGCUUUUCCUAAGCUAUAGCACCCCCUAGAGUCUCUUCUGUGUCAUUACUCUGUAGUCCUCUUCUUCCCUCAUACGUGCAAGUCUCACCGUACCGACGAUGUUGACAUCUAAAUGCUUAACUGUGAAUUUGAGAGUUGUGAUCUCUCCAAUUGUACAUUUUGUUUAUAAUGAGGAAAGAGUUACAUUCAAAGAAGUAUCAUGCUUUACAAAGUCACAAUCUUAUACAUUUUAAUGUUAAAAAAAUGCAGCUGGCAGAGAUAUUCUGUUUCCAGUUUGUGCAACUAAGAUUUUUUUUAUUGUCUGUUUUUAAUUGUUUUUGAUAAGGGCACUUGGGUCAUCAAUGAUUUAGUCAUGAUUUUAAAUGUUCCAGCUCAUUGGAUUGUGAUUUUUUUUUUCUUUUUUUCAAAAUAGAGUACCAAGAGCUGGCUCGCCACAUUUUCUCAUUCAUUUCUUUCGUGUUUGCAGCGCUGUGUUAAAUGAUCUUUACAUUGUAUUAUACUUUACUUUUUUACUCAUGAUGUUAAAAGCUUUGAAAAAUAAGCAAUAUUUGUUGUUUGUAGAGAAAACCACAGGUGUAGUCCCCACCUUUUUUUUAAACUGUGCUUCUACACUAUACGCCUCACUUCAGGGUUUUACUUUUCUUUUAUACUUUAGUUUAGAUGGGAUUUUUUUAGGAGGACUUUUUCUGCUUAUUUCUUGACUGAGUCACCAAAACAAAUCUUCCUCUUUAACAGACUCAACAAUACUUGAUUCAAUCUCAAAUCAAUGACUGAACCUGGUGAUGAAUUCUGACACAAUUUAAGAUUUUGGUGAAUUCAAGUCAGGAUUUUUAGAUUUUUAUUGCUAAAAUUUUUUGCACUGAGAAGAGUUUGGCUUUACAGCGGUCACUGUUUUAAAAUCAGGGCCUAUUCGUGUAAAAUACUGUUAGAUUUCUGAACUGUGACCACUUUGUUUCUUCUCUUCCACCGUAUAGUCACUUGAUCAUUGAUCCUACACCAGUAUUCUAAUGCUCAUAAGCUUUAUGUACACAGAGUAUUUUUGUUAUUUUUUACUGUUAAAGUUGCAAUAUGAAAUUCUUGACAAGGAAAAGUAGAGGUGAAAGGCUGUUGGCCGCCCACUUUAACUCAUUUGUCUGCAAUGGAAAAUAUGCUCUCCUUUAUUUUCAAGUCUCAAUCUGUGAUGGGUGGAUGACCAAUUAAACCUGGAAGGAGAGAGGAUAGAACAUAUUUUGCACUUUAUGGUUUCCAUGUGAAGUAUUUCAGAUUUAGUUAGAAGCACUUUCUCCUCAGAAUUGAUUGAACCUUUGUUUAAAUCAUGAUUUCAUUGGAUCAUCCCUUCCCAGAAACUUUGAAACCAUAUGAGGUAUCUUUUGUGUAAGAACCAGGUUCUGUAUGAUUCCAGUAUCAUGCCAUCAAUGAAAACGUCCCAUCCAUAGGUUCAGUACAAUAGAGAAUAGGAUUAAAUUUUGACAAAUCCUCUCCAGUUCUAAUUUCAGCUUUAGAAACAAACCUGAGCCAUUCGGCUGAGCAUGAGGUUUCUCAUUUUGCUGGAAUCAAGGAACAUGAAUUCAGCAAUAAACGUUUUUUUUCUUUUUUCUUGUUGGUGAAGCAGCUGAAUGAAUUUGAAAGUGUUCCUUUUUUUCAUUUUUGAAAUACAGAAUACCGUGUACAGGAUACAUCAUGCCAAUUAAAUUCCACUUCUGAAUGCA